CCGGCGCCGUCGGGGCUGCACCCCCGAACCUGUGUGUGUCUCUCGGCGGAUCCUCCGGGUGGCCUGCUGGUGCCCAGAACCAUCGGGAACUGAACCACCCGUGUGCAAAGGAAGGAGCUGGGCCACUUGACCGGGGCACCAUGGUCCACCUGCUGUCCUCUGAAGUGCGGCAGCUGCUCCACAACAAGUUCAUCGUGAUCCUGGGAGACUCCGUCCAGAGGUGUGUGUACAAGGACCUGGUGCUCCUGCUGCAGAAGGAUUGCCUGCUCACUUACAAGCAGCUCAGGGCCAAGGGGGAGCUGAGCUUCGAACAGGACAAGCUGGUGGAUGGAGGCCAGAUGGCGACCAUGCACAACGGCACCAACUACCGCGAGGUCCGCGAGUUCUGCACCGGCCACCACCUGGUGCGCUUCUACUUCCUCACGCGCGCCUACAGUGCUUACGUCGAGACCGUCCUGGAAGAGCUACUGUCCCACGAGCACACCCCGGACGUGAUCAUCAUGAACUCCUGUCUUUGGGACAUCUUCAGGUAUGGGCAGGACGCCUUUAGCAGUUACCGCAAGAACCUGGAGAGCCUGUUCAGCCACCUGGCCCGGGUGCUGCCGAAGUCUUGCCUCCUGGUGUGGAAUACGGCCAUGCCCCUGGGCGAGAAGAUCACUGGGGGCUUCCUCCCUCCAGAGCAGCCCACCCUGCUCUUGACCCGGAGAAAAAAGGUGAUCGAAGCAAACUUCUACAGCUCUGUCGAGGCAAAGAAGCACAAUUUUGAUGUGUUGGACUUGCAUUUCCACUUCCGCCACGCAGAGAGGAACCGGCACGUAGACGGGGUGCAUUGGAACCAGCGCGCCCACCGACACCUCUCCCAGCUGCUGCUGGCCCACGUGGCCCACGCUUGGGGCGUAGAGCUGCCCCAGCGCCAACCCAUGAGCCAGUGGAUCAAGGUUGACCCUGCAAGGACGGGACCCAGCCAGGGAGUUGAAAGGCAAUCCCAGAGCAGCAGAAAUCAACGGGCCUUACGCCUGCCCCCAUCUUUGCCUCCUCCCAGGCAGGGCCCCCUGCUGCCCUACCCAGCUCCCCGCCCACCUCUGGCUUCACUCCUGCCCUCGCAGCCUCUUCCCAUUCCCUGUCCCCAAGCCAUGCGCCCCCAGGUCUUGUUCUGUCCCCAAGAUACCUAUUUUUCCUCAGACCAACCUUUCCAGUCGGGUCAAUUCUUCUUAAACUAUUUCCGUUCAGAUGUCCCCUCAUCUACCCAGACAGGAUUUGAAUUAGAAACUGACUUUAUGUUUGAUCCCCAGCCGCCAAUGGCCCCCUUGCCUGCACCCUAUUAUCAGCAUCCGGCCCCUGUGGUUCAUAGGGGUUUUCCCCGGAAUCUACCUCGUGGUCCCUAUGUGCCCUGGAGACAGCUGCCCAAACCUUGCAGAAGACAAGCCCAAGCUUACCCGGAGCCAAGGCCCCAUUAGUCUGACUUGUGCCUUUUUCCUCUCAUGGACAUGGACUUCACAGAUCAUCCAAUGUUGCCUAAACUGACUGAUCUUGUUAGCAUUAGCUGUUGACCCACAUUGGACUUCUUUUGCGUUUUUGCUGUUACCUAGUGGCAGGGAAGAGCAGUCUGGCCCAAUCUUGUUGGCAAUGGCCUCUUCAUCCACCCUCUGGCGGUGACCAAGUGUUAUUCCUGCUUCCCCUCUCCCUAUUCUCUUUGUCUUUUUGUAAACAGAAAAUGGGAAUUAAAAAGUUGUUUCACAGAAGUA